AGAAGGUGAGGGGAAAAUAGUGAGAAGAAAAAAACUCAAAUACAAACAUAUAGAAAAUAGACUUGACAAGAAAAUCUCUGAGUAUGUGUGAGGUAUUUCACAAGUUCAUCAUGGGAUUACGAGACUUUCUAAAGGAGUAUUUUCUUGGUUUCUGGGACUAUGAGACACCCAAGGUAAUGGUGGUUAAAAACAGAACUCUUGGAGUCAUUUACAGAAGCGUUCAGUUUCUUGUGAUCACCUACUUCAUCUGGUACGUCUUCAUGAGUCAGAAAGCAUAUCAGGAGAGUGAAACCCGGCCCGAGAGCUCUGUGUACACUCGCAUGACAGGUAUAGCAGUUCAUGGUGAGGAUAUUCUGGACACUGUGGAGUACGCUCGACCCCCAGAGGGUGGUGAUGUAAUUAGUGCUAUAUUGAGACGAGAAGUCACAUAUGAUCAGAGGCAAGGGACAUGUGCAGAGUAUUUCAAGGUUCCCCGAGCCAACUGUACAAAAGAUUCUGACUGUGUUCGGGGUGAAGUUGACUUUGAUGGUCAUGGCAGAAGAACCGGCAGAUGUGUUAAGUACUACAACCACACUUUCAAAACAUGCGAGAUCCAAACCUGGUGUCCAGUCGAGGAGUAUGCUGUAGUACGUGAACCAGCUUUAGUGGAGGCCAUCAACUUUACAGUGUUCAUCAGGAACUCUAUUCACUUCCCCAGAUUCAAAGUACUCAGGGGAAAUAUCAAAGACGCCUCAAAUAAACGCAACAUGCACAAAUACCUCAGUCGGUGUCACUAUGAUGAGGAGAAAGAGCCGUACUGUCCAAACUUUCGCCUGGGCUACAUCGCAGAAAAGGCAAGAGAAAACUUCAGUGAGCUCUGCAGAACUGGAGGCGUGAUAGGGGUUUUUAUUAACUGGAAGUGUAACCUGGACUUGGAUCCUUCACACUGUAAACCUACAUAUUCAUUCCGUCGUCUCGACGUCAGAAAGGAUCUGGACAAUUCUGGAUACUAUUACAGAUUUGCCAAAUACUACAGUAAGGAGGGAGUAGAGUCUCGGACAUUAAUAAAAGCCUACGGCAUCAGACUGGAUGUGAUAGUUCACGGACAUGCUGGUAAAUUCAGUCCCAUCCCGACCAUCAUCAGCACAGUGACUGCUAUGACUUCAGUCGGGAUUUGCACCAUCAUCUGUGACUGGAUUAUGCUGACGUUUAUCGACAAGAACGAAGUCUACAGUGACAGAAAGUUUGACGAAGUUAGCAAGGAGCCCAGAGUGUCCAUUCCCACAGAACUCAGCUUCAUAACCACUUUCGGCUCAAACCAUUCAGACCUGUCAGAGGGUGUACCGCUGUGAUGUCAUCACCGCUGCCUCCAUCCACAUCAGCCAUGUGUGUGUGUGUGUAGACUCGCCCCAAAAACCAGCUGACCGUGACCUUGACAGCAAAUCUGAGCGGUUUCUCCGGUGCCUGUGCUGCUGUUGGCUGCCAUGCUCUUGACAAUGGGAAUACACUGAUAUACUGUAUAUACUUUACUGGGAAACACAGUGGCAGAAAACACUCAAUAUCUUGUGGAUGCCUUCUAUCAUCAACUCAAACCUUGGCGGACUGUUGGACAGUGUCUUUAUAAAAAGACGUGCUGCCUGGACGACUGUGACAUCACUUACAGGAUGUGUUUAUUUACCGGAAUUUAAGCCGGACAUUACUUAUGUCCAUGCACCGCGAAACAUUCAAGCCCUCUGCGACAUUAGUGUUAUAAUGUCAUCGUCUCACAUAAGAAUGCAAUAUAUGGUGAAAACACUCACUGA